CUCGGGCAGUGCAGAGCUAAAACCUCCUUCCCGAUUUAGGGCUUCUACUUCGGUUCCAGGCAGAGAAAGAAUCCUCCAGCUCAAUCCCUUCUCUCUGCCUCCGUUACAUUCAUGGCGAACGGUGCAGCGGCGGGGCGAUCGUUUUUACAGGUAGCGGCUACGGAGGAGGCCGCUGUGCCGCCUCUCAGAGUUGUUCAGAUUGAGGGACUGGUAAUUCUUAAGAUAAUUAAGCAUUGUAAGGAGUUUUCUCCAGCUUUAGUCACUGGACAACUUCUUGGAUUGGAUGUUGGAAGCGUCCUAGAAGUUACCAACUGUUUUCCCUUCCCGGUUCGGGAAGAAGAUGAAGAGAUAGAGGCUGAGGGUGCCAAUUAUCAACUUGAAAUGAUGCGAUGCUUGAGAGAGGUUAAUGUUGACAACAAUACCGUUGGAUGGUACCAAUCUACUUUAUUUGGUUCAUACCAGACUGCUGAGCUCAUUGAGACCUUCAUGAAUUACCAGGAAAAUAUAAGGCGGUGUGUAUGCAUCAUAUACGAUCCUUCAAGAUCUAACCAAGGUAUCCUGGCUUUGAAGGCCUUGAAGCUGUCUGACUCAUUCAUGGAACUGUACCGGAAUAAUAAUUUUACUGGAGAAAAGCUGAGGGAGAAGAAUCUUUCAUGGGUGGAUAUCUUUGAGGAGAUACCUAUAAAAGUUUCAAACUCUGCUCUUAUCAGUGCCUUCAUGACUGAAUUGGAGCCAGAUACACCUGUAACGCAGUGUGAUUUUGAUCGGCUACAAUUAUCAACUAAUCCAUAUUUGGAGAGAAAUGUGGAAUUUUUGACUGAAUGUAUGGAUGACUUGUCAAUGGAGCAACAGAAGUUCCAAUUCUAUUAUCGCAACCUUUCACGCCAACAAUCUCAGCAGCAAGCUUGGCUACAAAAGAGGAGGGCUGAGAACAUGGCACGUAAAGCUGCAGGAGAAGAGCCACUUCCUGAGGAGGAUCCUUCUAAUCCCAUCUUUAAGCCAAUCCCUGAGCCAUCUCGAUUAGAUAGCUUUCUCAUCACUAAUCAGAUUGCAAACUAUUGCAAUCAAAUUAAUGGGGUUGCUGGCCAGAGUUUCAACAGAGUGUAUUUGAUGAAGGCUCUACAUGAUAAUAAUUAAACAAAGUAUGAAGGAAGGGUACAUUGACAGUUGAAGCCUUAUUGGAUUCAAUGUUUAGCCUUUGUUUUGUAUUUUCUCUCUUAAUUAUUAUACGUAGUGUGUUGUGCUAGAUGUUAUCUUUAAUUGAAGUACUAUGAACCGUUAUUAGCCUUCCAAUUAAGGCCGGAAACAUGAAUUUUGUGAUUUAGAUUAUCAUUUGUUUGUUGUCUCCUUUUAAUUGAAAGAAAAGCUUCCUUUAA